AUGAGGUUAGCGGAAGAUUCCUUAUUGGGUCGUCAUUGUAUAGCCACACGAAAUAUCAAAGUUGGGGAAAUUGUUUUGAAAGAUGAUCAUCCUCUGAUAGCAGGUCCUAUGUAUAAUUGUGCUCCUGUGUGCCUUCGCUGUUACACGGUCUUGAAUGAAAGCAUUGCAGUAGCUUGUGAAAAAUGUGGUUGGCCUCUUUGUCAAGAUUGCAAAGACUAUGGAUUAGAGUGUAAUUUUUCUUCUACUCGCAGAGAUCAUAAGGUAUCUAUAACUGAAUUUGGCCACCCACAUCCAAGUUAUCAAUGUAUAACUGUCAUAAGAGCGUUAGCAUCGAAGGAUGUUAAUUUGGAAUCUUAUAAGAAGUUACUAUCGCUCGAAAGUCAUUACGAUCGAAUAAAUUCCCAUGAACUGUCAAACACUGUUCGCUUUAUUAAAAGAUUUUUCAAAACAGAUGAUAUAUUGGAGGAGGAAAUGACAAAAAUCGUCGGUAUCUUGCAGGUUAAUGGACAUGAAGUUCCGCUUACUGAUCCACCAUACGUAGCAGUUUACGAACUGACAUCAUUACUUGAGCAUAACUGUAAAGCAAAUUGCUCGAAAAGUUUCACUGAUACUGGAGGGCUGAUUAUUCAUGCUGCAGUACCUAUUGCAAAAGGUGACUAUAUUAUAUAUAUAUGUCGGCGUCUAGGUUGUAAUCAAUGUUAA